GCUUACCGCCUGGGUGAACGACUCGUCAACGCUUGUGUGGAGAACUUCCGACGAUGGCACCCACUGCGUUGCUGGUAUUGCUGAUGCUCCAGUUUGGACUUGGACAAAGUUCACAUAACCAUCUUCACCAUGGUGGUUUAACUGGCCAGGAGCACCUGUCUGAACAUGACAUGAAUGUCCUGCUAGGAGAUGAGGACACAGAGGAGAUCAAGAAACUAAGCCCAGCAGAGCAAAAAGAAAAACUGAUAGAAAUUGUGAAGAAAAUUGACACAAAUGCUGACAACCUGCUGAGUGUUGAGGAGAUCACUCUAUGGAUUCAGCAUGUCUACAGAAAAUACGCUCUGGAUGAUGCAGUGGAAAGAUUCGCGGAGUUUGAUCUUGACAAAGAUGGCAUCGUAACAUGGCAGGAGUACAACACAAUUACUCACGGGCAACUUGUACAUUUUGAUGACAGCACGGUGAUGGAGGAUCCAGAGCAAGAGUCUCUCAGACAGCUCUAUCUGAAGGAGAGGAGGCGCUUUGACUUUGCUGACGUGGACGGCAUACCUGGCCUUCAUGUUGAUGAGUUUCUCGCCUUCAUUCAUCCCUCAGAAGUGGAUCACAUGUCUGAUUUUGUCAUUGAAGAUGUACUGAGUGAAUAUGACACGGACAAAGACGGAUUUAUUAGUCUCAGUGAAUUUAUUGGAGAUGUCCGUGGCGAUGAUAAUACACCUUCACAGUGGGAGAUUGAAGAAACAGUGCGGUUUAAAGAGCUCUAUGACCAAGAUAAAGAUGGGAAGCUGAAUCGUGAGGAGCAGCUCCGCUGGGUCGCACCUAAUAGUCAUGGUUCUGCAAGAGAAGAGGCCCUACACCUCAUCAAGGAAAUGGACAUCGAUGGAGAUGGACAGCUCUCACUGGAUGAAGUUUUAAAAAAUCAAGAAACAUUCAUGAACAGUGAAGUGACAGACUAUGGGAGACAUCUGCACGUUUCACACGAUGAAUUAUAACUAGGUGUUGUGAAGUUUUCACAUUUUGUUUUCAUGUAGUUGUUGUGGUUUAUUUCCUGUCUUGUGACUCGAACACUUGGGGACCGAGUUCAUGUCACUUACUGUCAAAUUGCAGUAGCAAAUGAAAAAAAUAACAGGAAACAUUUAUUGCAAAAUGUGCAUGCUGGUGUUUGCGUGUUGCUGUAACAGAGACAGCAAAAUAGGUGAAUGUCAGAGGCUUCACAAAAUGGUGUGUGUGGCAGAGAUGUCAUAAUACAACACAACCACUUCAUUUAAAUAUUUGAACCGCCCUGUGAAUUAUUAACAAAUGCAGUUCAUUUGAUUUCAUUUACUGAUCUGUAUUUGAAGAAUUGUAGCCGUGUGUCAUUUGUGGUCGUUCCCCUCGCAAAGAGGUGAAAUGACAUGAAGAUCAGCGUGACACGCUGCAGCGCUUCCUCAUUCAAAUCAAACAAGUUAGUGAGUGUUGCACUUCUAACACUGGUUUCCUGAAAGCGUCAUGAUUUUUUCUUUUCACUUGCACUGAGCGGCAGCCUGUCACACUGCUACUGCAUUUUGUGAAGUGACCGAGUGGAUUCUGAGACGAGGACUGUUUGACCCACUGCCAAGAUGAAAUUAGAGUUUAAAGAUGCAUUUUGGGUGAGUCAGUUUCUAAUUCUGCAAUGAUACAAAUAUUUGCAUAGUAUGUUUACAGCUUAAGCUUAAGUUUUUGGUUGAAGUGUGAAGUCAGUGUUGUGUGCAAUUCUGUAACUUUGCAUUUCUGUAAAUUGCAUUUCUGUUUCUUUUUUGUAUUUUGCCUGGAAAACAUUACUUGUAUCACAUUCUUCAGUUCAGUCGUCUUAACUUACCUUCAUGUAGAUCCCUUGACUUUUCCCUGAAUCGGUAACUUCUUGUAAUUAAAUAACCAGUUACACCUUUAAUUUCUCAUUGUUGGAGGUUGGACAGUUGUUGUACAUAUUUAUCAGUUUGUAUCAAAGGCCGGUGUGUGAAACUUUAGUUUUAUAAAAGCUAAAAUAAAAACGUAUUACAGUUUA